AUGCUGUUUUCCAAGAGAUCGCUCCUGGCAUGGGCAGUAGCUUCACUGGCAUUUAUUCUGCCACAAGCCAGUGCCCAGUGCAAUCCACUGACAUCUACAUGCCCACCGAACCCUGGCCUUACGAAAAGAGAUUUCUAUGUCGAUUUCACCAAAGUUUCGUCACUUCCUGAAGGUUGGACUCUUGCCAAUUAUGCAACGGUCAAGUAUGGCGCCAACGGUGCUGAGUUUACCUUCAACAAGCGAUUUGAAGCACCGUACAUCUGGACUAGCUUCUACAUCCUAUUCGGUCGAGUCGAGGUAGUGAUGCAAGCAGCUCCAGGCAUAGGGAUGAUCAGCAGCGCAGUCUUGAUGUCGGAUGACCAAGAUGAGAUUGACUGGGAAUGGUCUGGAAACAACUUUGGUCACAACACCGGAAAGGUUCAGACCAAUUACUUCGGUAAGGGCAUCACGGGAUAUUGGGAUCGUGGCACACAACCUGACAUGGACGACCCAAUCAACAAAUUCCACACCUACACAUUUGAUUGGAGUCCUACAACCCUCACAUGGGCGAUUGACGGACAGGUUAUUCGUACACUCAAGGCUGCAGACACCAACAGCGGUGCUUAUCAAUAUCCGCAAUCGCCCUCCAAGCUGCAUCUUGGCGUAUGGUGUGCUGGCGAUCCCAACAGCCAUCCGAAUACGGUCAGCUGGGCUGGAGGCUAUACCGACUUCACCAAGGCACCUUUCACUGCCUAUGUCAAAAGUGUCAAGAUCAGCAACGCGAAUCCAUGCUCCCAGUAUGAGUAUGGCGACAAGAGCGGCAGUUGGCAAAGCAUCAAAUGCUUAAACACAACAUCAACCCCGACUUCGAGCUCUAGCAUCGCCAGCACAAGCAGCUCGACCAGUUCAUCAUUGUCCUCCAUCACUUCUGCAACUAGUAGGUCCUCCAGCUUGUCACCUUCCAUAUCGUCAAUUGCAAGCAGCAGCUCGUCUAGCUUGUCGUCUGCCGUAUCAUCAGCCGUAAGCAGCCGAUCCUCAAGUCUGGCUUCCUCUUCUACCUCAGCAAGCAUCCCUGCUUCAUUCAGUGCCUCUCCAGCAGCUAGCCCCAGCUACCCAAAUUCGGGACCCGUCUUCGAUCCUCUCCAUCCGGAUCCAGCACUGGUCAACAAGACGGGCCCAGGCACUUUCAAUUUUACAUCCAAAUCAGUAUCGUCCUCAUCAUCCUCCAGCACUCUAACCUCCAAAUCAUCAGGCAGCGGCACUCAGGGGGUGGUAAGCUCAUCUACUGCAAGUCCACUGCCGUCUCCGUCUUCUCCGUCUCCUGCACCCAUCCAACCCACCACAUCCACCUCUCCCCCACCCAACCAACAGCCCUCCAAGAAAGUCCCUACUUCCUCUUCCCCAACCACGACUCCCACGAGCAAUACGCCCACGUCACCAACAGUCCCUUUUACCACGCCCGCCUCUAGACCCGCCAUCACCCCGUCCCCAUCUCCAUCUCCAUCUUCCCCCAAACCCACCACUACAGCCACCUCCUCAGGAACAGCAGCAGCACUAACCCCACCAAAAUGCCACCCAGACAACUGCCUCCGCGCCCUCCGGAACACCCGCUACGCCGGCGCAGCCACUGCGCUCUGCAGAUCAUUCACCAACACUGGCACCGUAACCGCAACCCCAACCGCAACAAUUGGGACGACAAACGGCGUCAUCAAAACCUCCACCACCAGCACCACCCCUCCAAACUCCGCUAAAACCGCUCUUGCCCCUACCCCUACCCCUACCAGCAGCACCACUCUCUCCAUCCCAACCUGGCUGAGCACCGGCUGUUCCAACAACGCCACCAGAGCCGGGGUGGGCACGGUGGAGGGGGUCAGGAAGGCGAUUCUGAGGGCCGGGUUUGGGGAUCGUCAUGAUGAUGAGGAGGAGGAGGACGAUGAUGAUGGUGACGACGGAAGCCGGGAUGGGAGCGGGAGAUGGAGCGGGAAUGCGAAGUUCGGUUCUAGAUAUGCGAAGGCGAAGGCAAUGGCAAAGGGCGAUUCGGAGAAGGAGAAGAAGGAUGCAGACAACCAUCAGAGUGGCUGGUUAUAUCGCCGGAGGGUAGCGGGGUGGGCCGGGUUGGUCGGUUGA